AUGUAUUGUAAGUGCGGUGAGUUGGAGUCUGCACGUAAGGUGUUCGAUAAAAGGCCUAGAAGAAACUUGAUUACAUGGAGUGCCAUAAUGGGUGGUUAUGGAAUGCAUGGGAACGUUGAUGAGGUAUUUUUUUUGUUUGAUACGAUGCUGAUUGCGGGUGUUUGGCCAGACGAGGUGAUGUUUACCACAAUUCUUACAGCUUGUAGUCAUGGAGGAAGGGUAAAGGAGGGGGAGGAAUAUUUUGAGAUGAUGGUUGAGAUAUUUCAUAUACGGCCGACCAAGGAACAUUGUAGUUGUAUGGUUGAUAUGUUGGGUAGAGCUGGGAAAAUAGAAGAAGCUAGGGGAAUUAUUGAGAGCAUGGAGAUGGAGCCUGAUGCGUGUUUGUGGAGGGCAUUUCUCGGGGCCUGCAAAAUUCAAGGGAAGUCUGAGAUAACUGUGAGAGGAAAACUCUGGAGGCUAACAGAUUAG